AUGAGUACGUUUCAAUUUAGUACAUUAAUCCACGCGACUCUGCCGACGUGCUGUACGACGUUAACGAGGAUCGUGCUCCGAUCAGCUCGAGACUUCCGCGCCUGGCCCUCGAUUCCGGCGGCGGGCGUCAAAUCGAAUCGCGGGCGAAUCCGCGCAAAUUGGCCUAGCGAUUGCCAAUCUGCCGCCGCGGCACGCUCAAAGUGGCCCAAUGCGCGAAAUGAGCGAGUAUCGUCUCUGGAAGCGGCGAAAGACUUCACCGUCGACGGCCUCACCGGCUACAACGGCAAAAAGAAAAAGAAAAAACGCAGACAUAGGACGAUCUUCACCUCCUACCAGUUGGACGAGCUGGAGAAGGCCUUCAAGGACGCGCACUACCCCGACGUGUACGCGCGGGAGAUGCUGUCGCUGAAGACCGACCUGCCAGAAGACAGGAUACAGUUACACACAACGGGCGCUCAAGUGUCGCGCCUACCCUCGGAAACUGCGGGGAAAACACAAAUACAGCCCCCCCCCUCUCCCGCUACCCACUCCCUUCUGCGCCCUUGCGUAACCCCCGCCUCCCUCGCAGCGCGCGCCGUCCACAACGCAAAGCAAACUCUAAUCGCGCCGCAUACAGUGUAUCGCCACUCGAACUGUUCGGCGGGAAAACUCAACGUCCGCUUUCCCGAAAUGUAUCUUAGCGCGCUGGGAUUAGGGUGCGGAUUGCGGUGUGCGCGUGCGUCGCGGGCGACGACGGCUCAAUUUUCGGUA